GGGAAGCGCGGCGGCGCAGGCGGCGGCGGCGGCGGGGCCCAUGCAGGACGCGGAGAACGUGGAGGGGCCCGAGGCGGCCGAGGAGCGGCCCGAGGCGGGGCGGCCGCUGGCCGAGGAGCCCGCGGGGCCCGGCGCGCCGGAGGCGGACGCGGCGGGCGCGCGGGAGGCCGGGUCCGAGCCGCCGCCCGAGUCCGAGCCCGAGCCCGCGGCCCCCGCGCCCGCCCCGGAGGCCGGCGACGCGGCGGGGGACGCGGCCGAGGCGCGCUCGGAGGCGGCGGACGGCGCGGACGGGGACGGGGACGCCGAGGAGCCCUCGUUCAGCGACCCCGAAGACUUCGUGGACGACGUCAGCGAGGAAGAGCUACUGGGAGACGUUCUCAGAGACCGGCCCCAGGAAGCUGAUGGGAUCGACUCUGUGAUCGUGGUGGACAAUGUUCCUCAGGUGGGCCCCGACCGGAUGGAGAAGCUCAAAAAUGUCAUUCACAAGAUCUUUUCCAAGUUUGGGAAAAUCACCAAUGACUUUUACCCGGAGGAGGAUGGGAAGACAAAAGGGUACAUCUUCCUGGAGUACGCGGCUCCUGCGCACGCCCUGGACGCCGUGAAAAAUGCCGAUGGCUACAAGCUCGACAAGCAGCACACGUUCAGGGUCAAUCUCUUUACCGACUUUGACAAGUACAUGACCAUCAGCGAUGAGUGGGACAUCCCAGAGAAGCAGCCUUUCAAAGACUUGGGGAAUCUGCGUUACUGGCUGGAGGAGGCCGAGUGCAGAGACCAGUACAGUGUCAUCUUUGAGAGUGGGGACCGCACGUCCAUAUUCUGGAACGACGUGAAGGACCCUGUCUCCAUUGAGGAGAGAGCGAGGUGGACAGAGACGUACGUACGCUGGUCUCCCAAGGGCACCUACCUGGCGACUUUCCACCAACGAGGCAUCGCGCUCUGGGGCGGAGAGAAAUUCAAGCAGAUUCAGAGAUUCAGCCACCAAGGGGUUCAGCUGAUUGACUUCUCCCCUUGUGAAAGGUACCUGGUGACCUUCAGCCCCCUCAUGGACACUCAGGAUGACCCCCAGGUCAUCAUCAUCUGGGACAUCCUCACGGGGCAGAAGAAGCGAGGCUUCCACUGCGAGAGCUCAGCCCACUGGCCCAUCUUCAAGUGGAGCCAUGAUGGGAAGUUCUUUGCCAGGAUGACCCUGGAUACUCUGAGCAUCUACGAGACCCCUUCCAUGGGCCUUCUGGACAAGAAGAGCUUGAAGAUCUCCGGCAUCAAAGACUUCUCCUGGUCUCCGGGUGGCAACAUCAUCGCCUUCUGGGUGCCUGAGGACAAAGACAUUCCGGCCAGGGUGACCCUCAUGCAGCUGCCGAGCAGGCAGGAGAUCCGAGUCCGGAACCUGUUCAACGUUGUCGACUGCAAGUUGCACUGGCAGAAGAACGGGGACUACCUGUGCGUGAAGGUGGACCGGACCCCCAAAGGCACCCAGGGCGUUGUCACCAACUUUGAGAUUUUCCGGAUGAGGGAGAAGCAGGUACCUGUGGAUGUGGUGGAGAUGAAAGAAACCAUCAUCGCUUUCGCUUGGGAGCCGAACGGGAGCAAGUUUGCAGUGCUGCACGGGGAGGCACCACGGAUCUCCGUGUCCUUUUAUCAUGUGAAGAAUAACGGCAAAAUCGAGCUCAUCAAAAUGUUCGAUAAGCAACAAGCGAACACCAUCUUCUGGAGCCCCCAGGGGCAGUUUGUGGUGUUGGCGGGUUUGAGGAGCAUGAACGGCGCCCUGGCCUUCGUGGACACCUCCGACUGCACCGUCAUGAAUAUCGCAGAGCACUACAUGGCCUCAGACGUUGAGUGGGACCCCACGGGCCGCUAUGUGGUCACCUCUGUCUCCUGGUGGAGCCACAAGGUGGACAAUGCCUACUGGCUGUGGACGUUCCAAGGCCGCCUUCUGCAGAAGAAUAACAAGGACCGCUUCUGCCAGCUGCUCUGGAGACCUCGGCCCCCCACGCUCCUGAGUCAAGACCAGAUCAAGCAAAUCAAGAAGGAUCUGAAGAAAUACUCCAAGAUCUUUGAGCAGAAGGACCGUCUGAGCCAGUCGAAAGCCUCCAAGGAACUGGUGGAACGCCGGCGGACCAUGAUGGAGGACUUCCGCAAGUACCGAAAGAUGGCACAGGAGCUAUACCUGGAGCAGAAGAGCGAGCGCCUGGAGCUGCGAGGGGGCGUGGACACAGACGAGCUGGACAGCAACGUGGAUGACUGGGAGGAGGAGACCAUCGAGUUUUUUGUCACAGAAGAAAUUAUUCCUCUUGGGAUUCAGGAGUGACCGAGAGCCCCGUGGUGCACCUUCAGGCCUGUGCGGUCCGAGGCUGUCUCCAGAGCACCGCACACCCGCCCGACGCCAUCUCCACACUGCUGUGCCUUCGCCCCUGGGGUCGUUCCGAGGCCGACGGGCGCUGCUCGCCAGCUUCCGUGGUCCAGGCGCAAGUCUCUGCUUGCUCCGACUCCUCCACGCAAGGCUGUGGCACCGCCUCUGCGGCCCUGGGCGCCCUCCAAGGACUGUCCCCCACGAGGGCCGAGUCCUGAAUCCCAGAAGGAGCAGGUGCUGCUCGGGGGCAGCUGCCCAUGGGACCCCCCCAUUCAGGGCGUGGUGGGUCCUCCCAGGCUGCACGUGGAAAUAAAGCAAACCUGUAUGAAA